GUCCGUGCCUUCCACCACGCCUUCAGCACCAACGACUGCUCGCGGAACGUCUACAUCAAGAAGAACGGCUUCACGUUGCACCGCAACCCCAUCGCCCAGAGCACCGACGGGGCACGGACGAAGAUUGGCUUCAGCGAGGGCCGCCACGCCUGGGAGGUGUGGUGGGAAGGCCCGCUGGGCACCGUGGCCGUCAUCGGCAUCGCCACGAAGCGGGCGGCCAUGCAGUGCCAGGGUUACGUGGCCCUGUUGGGGAGCGAUGACCAGAGUUGGGGCUGGAACCUGGUGGACAAUAACUUGCUGCAUAACGGAGAGGUGAAUGGCAGUUUCCCCCAGUGCAAUAACGCGCCCAAAUACCAGAUAGGUGAAAGGAUUCGAGUUAUCCUGGACAUGGAAGACAAAACAUUAGCGUUUGAGAGGGGCUAUGAGUUCUUGGGAGUUGCCUUCAGAGGACUGCCAAAAGUUUGCCUGUAUCCAGCAGUGUCUGCUGUGUAUGGGAACACAGAAGUGACUUUGGUCUACCUGGGAAAACCUCUGGAUGGAUGACGUGGAUUGUUUCGUUGGGACAUCAAGAUGUGGAUGAUUGGGAGGAGAAAUCUGCAUGUUGGUUAGAGGGAAACGUGUAUUAGAGGGAAAACAAAAAAGUCUGGGUGUGUGCCCAAGAACCAUCGAGGGAAUCACACGGAGCUUGGAAACGGAGGACCAGCCAUACUUCAGGAAUUGUGUUACAUUUCCUCUUUCUACCAGGCCUGAAAAAUCCUCAGGGUUGCAGUUGGUUGAGUGGGAAGCUGACACAUGCAUGUUGCAACAGAUUUCAUUGCUAAGAUGGUGGUGUGUGACCUCAAAUAUUUAAGAAAGGAUCUGAUAUGAAACUGCUUGAGGAAAUUAACCUGAGAUUUGUAAGUAGCGUGUUUUGUGAAAGACUCCCAUUUUAAAACUGCUUGUUCCUUCCCUUCCCUCCUUUGGGCCAACGUGAGUACCGGAGGAGAGUGAGUCUGGCUGGGUUUUAUUUACAAUUUUUAACAUAUACUGAGAAGGAUGGUCUGUC